AAGCAGUCGGAUAUAAUGCGCUUCCUUCUCCGCAUGCGCUGCUGGCAGUACCGCCAGCUCUCGGAGCUCCACAGGGCGCCCCGCCCCACCCGGCCGGACGAAGCGCGCAGGCUGGGCAACACGGCCAAGCAAGGUUAUGACAUAUAUCGGAUUCGUGUGCGCCGCGGUGGCCACAAGCGCCCUGUUCCUAAGGGUGCGACCUACGGCCAGCCUGUCCAUCAUGGCGUUAACCAGCUGAAGUUUGCGCGAAGUCUUCAGUCUGUUGCCGAGGAGCGAGCUGGACGCUACUGUGGGGCUCUGAGAGUCCUGAAUUCUUCCUGGGUUGGUGAAGAUUCCACGUACAAAUUCUUUGAGGUUAUUCUCAUUGAUCCAUUCCAUAAAGCUAUCAGAAGAAAUCCUGACACCCAGUGGAUCACCAAACCAGUCCACAAGCACAGGGAGAUGUAAGGGCUGACAUCUGCGGGCCGCAAGAGCCGUGGCCUUGGGAAGGGCCACAAGUUCCACCACACUAUUGGUGGUUCUCGCCGUGCAGCUUGGAGAAGGCGAAAUACUCUCCAGCUCCACCGUUACCGCUAAUAUAAGUAAUGUUUGUAAAAUCUUUACCUAAUAAACAAUUUAGGACA